AUGGGUCGCGUUAGAACCAAGACAGUCAAGAGGUCCGCCAAGGUCAUCAUCGAGCGCUACUACCCCAAGUUGACGCUCGACUUCGAGACCAACAAGCGUCUUUGCGAUGAGAUCGCUAUCAUUGCCUCCAAGCGUCUUCGCAACAAGAUCGCUGGUUACACCACCCACCUUAUGAAGCGUAUCCAGCGUGGCCCUGUCCGCGGUAUCUCUUUCAAGCUGCAGGAGGAGGAGCGUGAGCGCAAGGAUCAGUACGUUCCUGAGGUCUCCGCUCUGGAUGUUUCCCAGACCGAGUCCGGCCAGCUCGAUGUCGAUGCCGACACCAAGGACCUCCUCAAGUCCAUGGGCUUCGACAACCUCAAGGUCAACGUUGUCAACGUCUCCCAGCAGCAGGUUCAGGAGCGCCCCCGCCGCUUCCGGUAG